AUGGCGGCCAAGCCCUUUGUUUCUAAUCAGCAGCCGAAGUACGAAACACCUUUGUUACCAGUCUCAACCCCAUCAUCGAAUACGCUGUCGUCACCAGUUUCAGUUGUUUUAGCUAAAAUUCCAUCGUCGGUUUCAGUCUCAUUGCCUAACAUUUCGUCGUCAGUCUCAGCUACGCGGGCCAGUAGCACAACUUCGUCGUCGGGUUCAGCUUCAGUUGCCGGCAUUUCAUCGUCAAUUUCAUUGUCAGUGCCAGCUUCGACGUACAAAGUCCAUCCUGAACUUCCAAAACCCGACACACAUCCGGACGGUGUGUUCCAGAACUGUCACUCUAAACCUAAAAGUCAGGUGUGGGAUAGCUUUACUAAAGUUAAUUUCAUUAGUGCACGAUGCAAAAUUUGCACGAACGUUUUGAAACAUGGUGGCAACACGCCGAACUUCAAACAACAUCUAGAUCGAAAAUACCCUCUGCCUCCAGGUGUGUCCACAGGCAAAGAGCAAAAAGGUAUUUUGAAUUUCAAAAGUACAUCAAACAAAAAAUGGAGAGCAGAGAAUGAAGACAAACCUGCUCCAAUAGAAGUGGAAAUGCGAAGGAGCAAUGAAAACAGCAGAGAUGGUAAAAUCGACACAGCUUCUCAGCGAGUGCAUUCAUUUACAGCUGGUGGGACAACUGCUGACAAUAUCACUAACGAGAUACUAUUUAUACUUGCUACCGACAAUUGCCUUCUCUCCGUUGUUGAAAACGAAGGAUUCCUCAACUUGAUGAAGAUAACUGCUCCGUUGUAUAACGUUCCCUCGAGACGUAUGUACCUGUGAUGAUAUGUUAGCGAUCUAGGGUUGGCAGCAC